AUGAAUAUCAUAGUGUUCAUUUCUCCACUCCUCAUCAUAACUCUAUCACAAAAUAUAAUCACAUUCGACAACUCAGUACUCUCUUUUUCCCGCGAACUUAUAGGAAUAGGCUUCACCAAACAGCUUUACACAAAAAUUAGCUUAAAAAAUCCUUCAGAAAAAGCCUUUAUUACCUUGAUUGAGCCAGUCCCUUAUACAUGAUUUGUUGACCAAGAAGAGGUCCCUGAUUAUUUAAAUCCCAAAUUUAGUUCUCUAAUAGACAUUGAGCUGCCUUCAUCCCAUUCCACAAAUCACACAUUUACGAUUAAUUUAGAAAUCACUGGGGAUUAUGAAUUUACGUAUCCUAUUCAUAUGAGAUAUAAUGACCCUACUUAUGAUGUUCCUUAUAAAAUGAUUAAACUUCCUGGACCUCAAAUAAAAUAUAAAGAAAAUCAGAUUUUUACAGUCAAUGAUGAAUUUAUGGCUGAAAUCCCAGUUGGCUUGACGAAACAUAUUCCUAUUGUAGUUAUGGGUACUAUUUUAUUAGAGAUUAUUGCGGUAUUCUCUAUAAUUUUAGCAGCUAACAAAUUUACUCAUCAUAUUAUCCCUAAGUAA